AUGCACCUCCCUCUGCUCCUCGCAGCCCUAACCCUCCCGACCCUCGUGGUCCCGAGCGCGAUCUCGCUGAACGACAAAGGCGAAAACGACCUAAUGCCCGAGUCUGAGCCCGGCACCAAUUCCAAUCUCGAGAGGGCUACCAUUGCGCUCGAGCUCAGCGUUCGCCUACCAGGCCACGCACUGCCAAUUUUCGACGAAGAAAGCGGAAGCCAAAACUGCAUCAAACGAGGCGAACGAUGCUGUACGGACCCGGGAUGCCCCCGAUGCUGCGGACAGUUCGGAUGCGCGUGGAAGAGAAAUGAGCCGUACCCCAAGUGUCACUUUUAA